AUGAGCUCUCAGGGCGAUAGCCAACCUUCGCAGGACAGCACCAUGACGCUCAUGCAGGAGAACCUCUCAGAGGUUCUCUACUUUGCAUACGGAUCAAACCUCUCGACUAAGCAGAUGCGUAGGCGCUGCCCAUACUCUACACCCGUUGGCCUCGCAUAUCUCAAGGGCUGGAGAUGGAUCAUCAACGAGCGCGGCUAUGCCAACGUCGUACAGCUCCCUAUCGAUUCAGAUGACGAUGAGACGCCAGAAGCUGAAGACGGCCGCCAGCUGAGCACAAAGGGAAAAGGCAAGGAGAAACAAACGCAGAAGCGCGAGGAGGGUGUAUAUGGGCUGCUGUACCUUGUUCCGGCGGAAGACGAAGAGAGCCUAGACAGAUAUCAAGGCGUUCCAUCAGCUUAUCAGAAGUUCCAGGUGGAUGUCAAGUGGGCAAAUGCGAACAAGGAAGACGACGAGACACUGAGAGCCUUGGUGUAUGUUGAUGAGAUGAGGGUGGAGGAGGACGUGCCUCAUGAGGAGUAUAUCGAGCGUAUGGAGGAUGGAAUUGAGGAUGCAGUUGAGAAUUGGGGGAUGGAUGAGGACUAUGCUGAUCGAGUCAUGAGGAGAUUCUGGACUGAGAAGGACUGA